CAGCCUGUGUUGGCUGUUGCGCGUUCACGAGACAUACACAACUAUGUAGACGACUCAUCUGAGCAACGGUUUAUAGAGAUGUAAUGAAUUAUGCAAAGUGUCGUUUUUCUUUUUAACUGUCGAUACUGACUGGCGGGGGAGGGCAUUCCUUCCUUCGUUAGCUGAACCGGGCUAACAACAUAGGGUUCUUUUGAAUGGACUUUUAUUUUGGCUUGGAAAACUAACUUCACCGAGCAAGCUAGCCAGGCUUCCUAGCUCCGCACAUAGACAGCAAUCGGCAGUCUGUCUGUUUGCCCAGUUGCAGCAGCAACUUAUGAAGACCGUCCUGCCCAUGGAGAAACAAGAGCACAGUGCACGGAGCAAGCCCCUCUGUCUGUAGGAUCCUGCCAGAUAUGUGCACCGAGAGAUGAUAUGGCAGAAGACUCGCGGGCAAAUGUUAAAACAGGGCAAUAGGCCAGGCAGGAAAUUGGUGUAAAGCUGAAACAUAAGGCUUUGCUACCCAGCAGCUUGUGUCUGUGUGUGUGCUCGAAGUGCCUAUGGCGGAGUUUGGGGAGGACGGCUGCCUGCCUCCAUUGAAUCUUGAGGAUACGGCCGUGCCCAGCGACGAAGCAACUGGGAAGACGCAUUGCGAAGUGUCCGUCUUGAAUGGAGAUUGUGGGAUAUCAGAAAAUAUGGUCGGUUCAGGGUCCAUCGUCGCACCUGGCAACCAAACCGGGGAAAGCGCCACCACCUCUGUCGGAUUGGAUGGCAAAUCAGAAAUACCACGCAGGAGCAGCAUUAUCAAGGAUGGCUCAAGACAGCGUAAAGAAAGAAAGAAGACUGUAUCGUUCAGCAGCAUGCCCACAGAGAAGAAAAUUAGCAGUGCUAGCGACUGCAUCAAUGCAAUGGUGGAUGGCUCUGAGCUAAAGAAAGUGCGAUCCAACUCCCGCAUUUACCACCGCUACUUUCUUCUUGAUGCAGACAUGCAGUCUUUGAGAUGGGAGCCCUCGAAGAAAGAAUCAGAAAAGGCCAAAAUUGAUGUAAAAUCCAUCAAGGAAGUGCGAACAGGAAAAAAUACAGACACUUUUAGAACUAAUGGAACCUAUGAUCAGAUUUCAGAGGACUGUGCCUUCUCAAUUAUUUUUGGGGAAAACUAUGAGUCACUGGACUUGGUGGCAAACACUGCAGAUGUAGCCAAUAUUUGGGUUACAGGGCUAAGGUACCUGAUCUCCUAUGGGAAACACACCUUAAACAUGAUAGAGAGCGUUCAGAACUACAUGCGCUCAUCUUGGCUAGGUGAACUUUUUGAUGAGGCAGGCAGUAACAACAGCAAACACAUAAAUAUAUGUGCUGCUGUGCAGUUAGUCAAAAAGUUAAACCCGGGCCUUAAACAUUUGAAAAUAGAACUGAAGUUCAAGGAGCUUCAGAAAGCUAAGGACAAAGCAGGUUCUGAUGUGACAAAAGACGAGUUCAUUGAGGUCUUUCAUGAUCUUUGCACCAGACCUGAAAUUUAUUUUCUCUUUGUUCAGUUCUCUAGUAACAAAGAAUUUCUGGAUACCAAGGACCUAAUGAUAUUUCUGGAGGCUGAGCAGGGUAUGGCACAAGUCAGUGAAGACACAAGCUUAGAGGUCAUUCAGAAAUAUGAACCGUCCAAAGAGGGCCAGCUCAAAGGUUGGCUUUCUCUUGAUGGGUUCACCAACUAUCUUAUGUCUCCAGAGUGCCAUCUAUUUGACCCUGAACAAAAAACAGUGUGUCAAGACAUGAAACAGCCUUUGUCCCACUAUUACAUUAAUGCAUCCCACAACACAUAUCUGAUAGAAGACCAGUUCAGAGGUCCUUCUGAUGUGACAGGGUAUAUCCGUGCCCUCAAGAUGGGCUGCCGCAGUGUAGAGCUGGAUGUGUGGGAUGGGCCUGAUAAUGAACCUGUUAUUUACACUGGUCACACAAUGACGUCACAGAUAGUUUUUCGCAGUGUCGUUGACGUCAUCAACAAGUAUGCCUUUGUUGCGUCUGAGUUUCCACUGCUACUGUGUUUAGAAAACCAUUGCUCCUUAAAGCAGCAGAGAGUCAUGUUUCAGCACCUAAAGAAGAUUAUUGGUGACAAGAUCCACAUAGACCCUCCAAAACCUGAGGACUGUUACCUUCCCUCUCCAUCGGAACUGAAGGGAAAGAUCCUGCUGAAGGGUAAAAAACUGAGCACAAACUGCACUGCUUCAGAAGGUGAGGUCACAGACGAGGACGAGGGGGCAGAGAUGUCUCAAAGAAUAAGCAUCGAGUCUGCAGAACAACAGACUAUUGCACCCAAAAACUUCCAGCUGUCAAAAGACCUCUCUGAUCUGGUGACUUUGUGUAAGUCUGUGGAGUUCAAGGACUUCCCAACAUCUUUCCAGAACCAGAAGCAAUGGGAGCUUUGCUCUUUCAAUGAAGUUUUUGCCAGUCGCUGCGCCAGUGACCUCCCUGGCGACUUUGUAAACUACAACAAGAAGUAUCUUGCUCGAGUUUACCCUAGCCCAAUGCGGAUUGACUCCAGCAACAUGAAUCCACAGGAUUUCUGGAAGUGUGGUUGCCAGAUUGUGGCAAUGAACUACCAGACUCCUGGCCUGAUGAUGGAUUUAAACAUCGGCUGGUUCCGUCAGAAUGGGAACUGUGGCUAUGUGCUGCGUCCCGCCAUCAUGAGGGAGCAUGUUUCAUAUUUUAGUGCCAACACUAAAGAUUCAGUGCCUGGUGUUUCUCCACAGCUCUUACACAUCAAGAUCAUCAGUGGACAAAACUUCCCAAAACCCAAAGGCUCAGGUGCCAAAGGAGAUGUAGUAGACCCCUAUGUGUAUGUGGAAAUACACGGCAUUCCGGCUGAUUGUGCCGAACAAAGGACUAAAACGGUCAAUCAGAAUGGGGACAACCCUCUGUUUGAUGAAAGCUUUGAGUUUCAGAUAAAUCUCCCUGAGCUUGCAAUGGUGCGCUUUGUGGUGCUAGAUGACGAAUAUAUUGGUGAUGAAUUCAUCGGCCAAUACACCAUCCCCUUUGAGUGUCUUCAGCCAGGUUUUCGCCAUGUACCGCUACAAUCUCUGACAGGGGAGGUUUUACAACAUACCUUGUUGUUUGUUCAUGUGGCCAUAACCAAUCGAAGAGGAGGCGGCAAACCACACAAAAGGGGACUGUCUGUACGAAAAGGCAAGAAGAGUAGAGAGUAUGCCAGCAUGAGAGUGCUGUUGGUCAAGGCUCUGGAUGAUGUCUUCAAAACAGUCCUGCUGCCUCUGAGGGAGGCUACAGAUCUCAGAGAAAACAUGCAGAAUGCCAUAGUGUCCUUUAAAGAGCUGUGCGGCCUUUCAGCGGUGGCUAACCUGAAGCAGUGCAUCUUAGCCCUUUCCCCUCGACUCACUGGAACUGACAACAGCCCCCUUCUGUUGUUCAACCUCGCUGAACAGUACCCCAACUUGGAGCCCCAAGGUCUGCUACCUGAGGUUCUCAAAAAAGUUGUCACUACCUAUGAUAUGGUGAUCCAGACCAGCAAGACUCUGCUGGAGAGUUUUGAGGGGUUGUAUGAGAGAAUUCUACAAACCCAAAAAUCAGCGAUGGAGUUCCACGAGAACCUCCAUGACUUGGCUGUGAAGGAGGGGCUGAAGGGCAGGAAGCUGCACAAGGCGGUGGAGAGCUUCACCUGGAACAUCACCGUGCUGAAGGGUCAGGCAGACCUCCUGAAGCACGCCCAGAGUGAAGUCCAGGAGAACCUGCGGCAGAUCCACUACUCUGCGCUCACCUGUAACCUGAGUAAAGGCGCUCUCGCGGGGGGUUCCUCCGGCUCCGAGUCCAGAGGCAGACGCAGCAUGGAUGCCAUUGCUGAGAAGGCCACUGCGGAGGAGGAGCUCACUGAUGAGGACAACUGAAGACCCACAAUCCUGUUCUGCCUGGCUCACAGACUUCUACUGUUCCUGCCCCCUGAGCUCAAAACCCAAAGCUCUUGCUCGCUCCGUUAGCAUUCUGCAGCGUCAUCGCUCUACACACAACAGUGUUUUUCCCACAUUCCAUCGUGUACAUUCCUGUAUCACAAGCACAGCUGUAACUUCUCAGCCUUGUAAUCAUCAAUAAAAUGCCACAACUACCCCAGGACACAAAUCCUUCCCAAGUUCCGAUCACGGAAGGUUUCGACAGGUUUUGAAAAAUGACUGAUUAUUUCUACGUCUUAAUAUGUGAAGGAGCUGUACUGAAAGCUGGAAGAGUGUGAAACGUGAUGCUGCCUAGCCAUUAAGUGCAAAAUCAUAUAUACCAAAGCAUCCAGCAAACAUGUGGAAAGGGACACUUGGAGAAAUACUGAGGAUGAUCAUAGUGCCAGACAUAAAUCUUAAGUCUACCCAGAAUAAAACUCACAAACGUCUUCAUCUUCAGUCCUGAUUCAUGCGUUCGUUGCCUUCCCUUCAUUUCGCUGUCACGGAAUCACAUUUCCUGGGGAGGCGAAUAAACUACCAGCUACGUGACCAUUCAUGACUUUGACCUACUGUUCAGAGACGGUGCACUUCUACUCAACGGACCAGGGUGUUACUCGAGGAAAUAAAAAAUAAAAGAGCCCUUGGAUUAUUAUAAGACAUUUCUUAAAGCACAAUUUUUUGGAAAUAUGAAUGUAAAAGGACAAAAGGAGCGAAAGAAGUAAAGGAAAAAAGUGGACGUAAACGUCAUGAAUGAGAGUAAAGAGCUGUUUACAAUUGUCCUGUCUGCCAAAAUAGUCACAUAUAUGUAUAUAUAGAGUUUCCUGUUCCCCUUUUUUUCUGCAGAGUGCAUCAUUUUAUUAUUGUAUACUUGGGAAUAUAAGAUUUAUUUUAUAAAAGAUAUAUGAACUUGUCUGUGGAAAAGGGAGACAUUUUAUCUGUGCGUACAUAACGAGGGUUGUCACUUAAGAAAAGUGACCUCAACUUCAACUGCUAGUGGUGCAAAAACAACCAGCAACGGCAUGAAGAGGAACAACGACUGGGUGAUGAUAACUUGGACUCAAACAGCCUUUUAUCUGCUUUAAUUAUUUGGCCUUUAUUUUUGGCCAUGGUCCUCCCAUUUCACAUCGCUAAAAGAGUUUGAGCAAAAUCAAAUUAAAUGUUUCGACGGGGGGAUUUCACGAAAGGAUUGCGUGGCUUGCAUCGCAUCAACAAACUGCGCAGCCAAACAAGUAGCUUUUGGGUUGCUCUGGUGCUAUAUGCAUGUGUUCAUAGUUAGCUAACAUGCAUACUUUAGCACACAUUGGCAUCUGUGUAAAUGAGCCUUGCUAAAACAGUGCAAUUCUCAAUGAUCAGUGAUAACCACUCGCAGCUAAAGUAAAAUGACUAGUGGGUUCAGAGACUUGGUGGUAGACACUCCCAGACUCUCCACUAAGAGUUUGUAGCCAGGCUUAAACUCAUUUAUUUUGGGAUGCUUUAACAGGAGGCAAUGACAGCUGUGUGAUUAAAAAUAAAUGAAUAGAGCUCCCCUACAUGUCAUCUUUGAAAUUACAUCUAAAAGUUCAAUAAAGUAUUAUAUAAAAAAGGAUUUCUUCCUUUUCCCUCCACAAGAAAAACGUGUAUUGGACUCAAAACUUUAUGGGCAUUUAAUUGCGAACUUAAGGUGCAAAUAAAAUAAAGUAAAAUAAUGCGCAAUCCAUAUUAGCCGCUGCGAUUUACUUUUGGAAGUAUUAAACGUAUGAAAGGUGUAUUUUUCAGGUGUGCUCCCAACAUGUAUUAUUUAAAACCCCAAUGUGGAAAUCGGGUUAAAAAAAAAAAAGUUCCCGCGAUGUUUCUACUUUGCGACUGAACGGGAGCUAUGUACAAACAACUCUAAUUGUGCAGUUAAAAAUGUCAGUCCAGAUCUUGUGCUUUACUAUGCUUCAUCUUGCUGUUGGUGUGGAUCGAAGUGGUUCCUGUCUGAGUUGCAACACUUUAUUAACCCUUUGUCAGAAUUUUAACUCAGGUUGUUGAAAAGAUGGUUUGGAAGGAUAUGAACUUCAGAGUAAUAUAAGCUUUCCUUGUGAGUAAAUACUACCUGACCCACAAUUACCCUGUGAUUCAACGUGCCACAUUACUGCUUACUAAAUGUCUGCAUCAGUUCAUGUUUAUUUAAAUGAAGGUAUUUAGGUUUACAAAAACAGGACAACAAUUUGAAUAACUUCAUGUAAAAUAAACUAAAAGCCUGUGUUUGUACUCUACGUAGUAUUUAUUUAAUUGACAACUAAUCCAAAUAGCAUUUUGUUAUUGUUGACUGAUGUGAAAUGUAGCUGCCUGAACUAAUGAUAGCUAGUUUUUCAACUGAUACGCUUAAUUAGAUUAGACUGUUUGUCAUAAUGCAUUUGAAGUUUAAUUUGUUGCAAUAUAAAAACUGAAGCCCUAUAUUAGGCUUUAACACUUAAAGAAUAACAUGUUAGUAGAUACUCAGUUUAAAGCCUACUUUAAGUCUAGCAGUUAAAACAUGUUUAGGUUAACUGAUUCCAAGUGUUGCCUUAAAAUAUUUCCAUAAAUGCUCGGUAGGCGUGACAUGACAAGUCAACAUAUUGAUCACCAGCAAGAAUUCAAUGACUUGAGUUCACUUAGGAAUAUCCAAAACGACAAUAAUUAUGAGCAUUGUGACUGUUAAAUGAAGCCCAACCAUCUUUUCAUCUGCAAUUGUCAGCUUUUAUACCUAUUAUUUUGCCCCUUAGUGCUCACAAUGCAAGUACUACAGAUCACAUGACCACUGAGAAGAUGAAAAAUGUUAUCUCUGAAUUUCCGUGCUGUGCCACUCAACGUAUUUCUGAUUGUUGAUGAGAGGAUCAAAGCAUUUAAACUGUAAUCCAGUCUCACAUCAUCUAUCAAGUCCAAAAAAAGAACCUUUGAAUAAACAAUGUUGGAUCGAU